CGUCAUUUGCAGUUCAUGAGAGCUCAAUGGCACUAAUUUGCAGUGAUUUUUUUUAAUUUCAAGAUCUGAAACAAUAUUUUUUAGCGUAGUUGGUUAAAAAGUCUCUAAUUAUAAAAUGAAUAAAUUCAUUUAAGAGAAAGACCUUAUUUUGUUAAAACUUUUCAAUUUGCAUAUCUGUGAUAUAUUUUGAUCUCUUUUUAUUUUUCAAAAAUGGAAUUCCUUUCGCGCAAAGUCAAGUCCAAUGGACAGCUAGACACACGUCAGAUUAAUGGCUCUGGUGAUUACAAAAAAAGUCAACGGAGCGAAACCGCGAUGAGUCCGGCGCCCCCCGCUCAGCGAGACAAAAUGAGCGCUGCGCUCUCCGCUACCAAGCAGUCGCAUUUGCCGGGCGCUGGCACGUGUACGUACGACAUGGAGCGCGAUCGCAUCGGACUAUGGGGUUCCGGGGACGGCCAGUCCAACAGCCGCCUCUCGGGCCUCGACCGCCUGAAACACCCAGGACUCAACAAGGGCAUGGCAUUCACAAUCGAGGAGCGACAGACCCUGGGCAUCCACGGGCUGCUGCCGGCGAGGGUCAAGUCUCAGGAGGAGCAGGUGCAGCUGUGCAAGCUGUCCAUCGCCAGAUAUGAGGACCCGCUCAACAAGUACAUCUACCUGAUGGGCUUGCUGGAUCGCAAUGAGCGGCUGUUCUAUCGCUUCGUUGGGGAGAACGUGUCGGAGAUGAUGCCCAUCGUGUACACGCCCACCGUCGGCCUGGCCUGCCAGAAGUACGGGCUCGUCUACCGUCGACCACGGGGUCUCUUCAUCACCAUUCACGACAAGGGACACAUCUACGAUAUUCUUAAGAAUUGGCCGGAGACGGACGUGCGCGCCAUCGUGGUGACGGACGGCGAGCGGAUCCUGGGGCUGGGCGACCUGGGCGCGUGCGGCAUGGGCAUCCCGGUCGGCAAACUGGCGCUCUACACCGCGCUAGCCGGCAUCAAGCCGCACCAGUGCCUGCCCAUCACACUCGAUGUGGGUACGAACACGCAGACAAUGCUGGACGAUCCUCUUUACAUUGGGUUGCGGCAGAAGCGCGUGCGGGGGGCAGAGUACGACGAGUUCAUUGAGGAGUUCAUGCAAGCGGUCGUGCGCCGCUUCGGACAGAACUGCCUCAUACAGUUCGAGGACUUUGCCAACGCCAACGCCUUCCGCCUGCUCGCUAAAUAUCGGGGCAGAUACUGCACAUUCAACGACGACAUCCAGGGUACAGCGGCGGUGGCGGUGGCGGGGCUGCUGGCCAGUCUGCGCGUCACCGGCACCAAGCUCUGUGACAACACCAUCGUGUUCCAGGGCGCCGGAGAGGCGUCGCUCGGCAUCGCGAACCUGUGCGUGAUGGCGAUGACGGGCGAGGGCUGCACGGAGGAGCAGGCGCUGGAGCACAUCUGGAUGGUGGACUCCAAGGGUCUGAUCGUGCGCGACCGGCCCGAGGGCGGCCUCAACGAGCACAAGGAGCGCUUCGCGCGCGCGCACGCGCCCGUGCGCUCGCUCGAAGAGGUCGUGGACAUUGCCAAGCCUUCUGUUCUUAUAGGCGCCGCAGCGAUCGCGGGCGCAUUUUCGCCCAGCAUCCUGCGCAAGAUGGGUGAGUACAACGCGCGGCCCGUCAUCUUCGCGCUGUCCAACCCCACCAGCAAGGCCGAAUGCACUGCCGAGGAAGCCUACAGCAACACUGAUGAGCGCGCGGUGUUCGCAUCAGGCUCUCCAUUCCCCGACUACCGCACUAAGGAUGGGCGUACGCUGCGGCCGGGGCAAGGCAACAAUGCGUACAUCUUCCCGGGCCUCGCGCUCGGCAUCAUCUGCGCCGGCCUCGUCGAUAUCUCCGAGGACUUCAUGCUGCUAGCUGCUGAGGCGUUAUCAGAGAUCGUGUCGCAGUCGGACCUGGACGUGGGCCGGCUGUAUCCUCCGCUGGAGAAUAUCCAAGAGUGCUCCAUCAAGAUCGCCAAGAAAGUCGUCGAGCACGCCUACAAAACUGGCAAAGCCUCAGUGUAUCCCCAGCCUCUCGACACGGAGAAGUUCAUCCGUGCUCAAAUGUACGACGCGAACUACACGGCGGCCGUGCCGCCCGUGUACGCGUGGCCGCACAGCGACCGCUACGCCGUCGACAUGAUCUAGUCCGGACCGAACCGACAGACCACGCUGUGAUAUCCGCACUCUAUACCUACAUACAUUACCGUAAAGCCAAGUAUCCACCAAGUAAAAAUUGGCGCUUAACUUAAUGCUACACGCUUUUUACGAACAUGCGUGAAAAAUCACUGUGUACACAUGAGUCAAUCAAUAUCGUUCGCAUCAAUGUUGCCUAGUGGACACGGGGCUUUAUUCUUCUACGCCUGGCAACAAAUAUUUGUAUCAAACUAAUUGUGUAACACUCUUAUUCAUAAAAAUUAAACGCUUGGUAAGCCAAUUUCCGGUCUUGUUCGUCCCAAAUUGCAAAAGUGAAACAAAUCAUACUGUAACAUACCUAGUUUACCUAGUUACAGCAUGAUUUGUUUCACUUACAUGUGUGACAAGUGUUUAACUUUUAUGAAUAAGACUAAACCGAUGUCGGAUGUUUCAUGUAUAUAAGAGCUAUCUAUCUUCUCUAUUUAAUGAUAUCUAAUGUUGCUUCAAAAUAAAGCUCGUGAUUUUAUAAGUGUCAUCAAAUGCUCCGAAAGUUAAUCAAUUUUAAGUGUUCAGUUAUUGGCGAUAAUUAUUUGUAUGUAAUCAAAAUAAUAUUAUUUUAUUUACAGUUUUAGAAAUUAUUAUUAAAAUGUGAAUGUAAUGUGUUAAUUACGUAUGUAAUGUGUUAUUCUACGGCAUUAAUUAUUAUAACAAAGGCAAUAAUAUUGCGAAUUUUUUUUCAAUGCCACAUCUGCCUGAAAAAGCAUUUAAUAUUUGAUUGUUGUUCAGCAAUGUAUGGCUGAACUCCCAUUAUGUAAAAACAUCCAAUUUGUCAACUGAUAGUACUGUUAUAAAUUGAUGUUGCAUGUAACCAAAUUUCUUGUCGCAAAAAUGUCAGAUCCAUACAAAAUGGAGGCUAAUGUAUUUCUUAAUUUAGUUAAAAAAUUUAAUAUAUUGACGAAUUAUAUGUAAAUUUUGAAAUAAAUUUGUAAGCGCUA